GUUUUGACGAUGCUGCAUGAAUGAGCCUCAACGCCACUUGCAUAACGCGAGUCAAGGCAGCUCCAGGUACCCCACAUCUAAUGCCCUCUCACCGCCAUCCACCUCUGCUUUCUCACGCUCGAGUAGACAACUCACACAAACACACACCCUAGUCUUCACCACAAACAGCAACCAUGGAUGAGAUCGCGCCCGAGUACGACGUCGUGGUUCUGGGAACAGGUCUCACAGAAUGCGUCCUUUCAGGUGUUCUCAGCGUGAAGGGCAAGAAGGUGCUGCACAUUGACCGCAACGACCACUAUGGAGGCGAGUCUGCGUCCCUCAACAUCGAGGCGCUCUUCAAGAAGUACGGCCAGACCGAGGGCGAGCCAUGGAAGAAGUACGGCCGUGUCAACGACUGGAACAUCGACCUCGUCCCCAAGCUCCUGAUGGCCAACGGCGAGCUCACCAACAUCCUCGUCUCCACCGACGUCACAAAGUACCUCGAGUUCAAGCAGAUUGCCGGCAGCUACGUCCAGCAGGGCGCUGCCACCAAGGCCACCGUUGCCAAGGUCCCGUCUGAUGCUGGCGAGGCUCUCCGCUCGCCGCUGAUGGGUCUCUUUGAGAAGCGCAGGGCUCGCAACUUCCUCGAGUGGGUUGGCGCAUACACAGCAGACGAUGCCGCUACACACAAGGGUCUCGAUGUGAAGAACUGCACCAUGAAGGACGUAUACGACAAGUUCGGACUGGAAGCUACCACUCGUGAUUUCAUCGGUCACUCCAUGGCUCUUUACCAGACCGACGACUACAUCAACCAGACCGGCGCUGCAAACGAAGCCAUCGAGCGCAUUCGUCUCUACGUCAACUCCAUGGCACGUUAUGGCAAGUCCCCGUACAUCUACCCCCUGUACGGCUUGGGCGAGCUUCCCCAGGGCUUCGCCCGCCUCUCAGCUAUCUACGGAGGCACAUACAUGCUCAACACCGAUGUUGACGAGUUCCUCUACGACGGCAGCAAGGUUGUUGGCAUCAAGGCUACCAUGAAGGAGAAGGACGACGCUGGCCCCGGCAUGAAGUUCGAGACCAAAGCGAAGAAGAUUCUUGCCGACCCCACCUACUUCCCCGGAAAGGCGCGCGUCACUGGCCAUUUGCUGAAGGCCAUUUGCAUUCUUAACCACCCCGUUCCUAAUACCGACAACUCCGACUCUCUGCAGUUGAUCAUUCCCCAGUCGCAGGUCGGCCGCAAGAACGAUAUCUACGUUGCCGUCGUUUCAUCCGCUCACAACGUUUGCCCCAAGGGCUACUACAUCGCCAUCGUCUCGACUAUCGCCGAGACAGACGCCAACCACCACCUUGAGCUCCAGCCUGGUCUUGACCGUCUCGGCAAGAUCGAGGAGCAGUUCAUGGGCCAGCCCAUUCCACUCUACGAGCCCCUCGAGAGCGGCACCGAUGACAACAUCUUCCUCUCCAAGAGCUACGACGCCACAAGCCACUUCGAGACCACAACAGAUGACAUCAAGGAUAUCUACCAGCGUGCCGAGGGCCACGAGCUUGUUGUUGAAGGCCUGAGGGAUGGACAGUUCAAUGUCGAGGCAUAGGAGAACGGGGACUUUGCAGACUGAAUGAAUAGCAAGCGAUCGUUUUAGAAUACCAACUCAUCCCAAGUACUUUUCCCG